CUCUAGCUAGUCUGAUAUUCAGAAUUUCUUGGGAAAUGAACAGAAAAAAGAUGUAGGGACUAAUUCAAGGUCGCACUGUCAUAAUAGAUGUGAAUUGUUUGAUUUUAAAAAAGAUAUGAGCAAGUUCAGAAUGAAAUAUUUAGCAUUCCUCUUGUCUUAGUCUAAAUGUGUCAGUAAUGGUAAAUAGAUAAGAUUGGAGUGAGGCAAAUAAUAAUGGCUGGUGCGGAUCUUAACAAGGUUUGCGUCUCAUUAAGCUACUGAGAAAUCUGUUUUGGACGUCUGUACUUUAAGCAAGAUGUGAAGAACUUUAGGAUACAGAAGAAAAUCAAAUAUGGAUCAAUUUGAUGAAAGAUGUAACAAUUUGGAGAAAACCUUCAGAAGAAUUUAAUGGAUACCUUUUCAAAGCCCAAGGUGUUAUAGAUGACAGCAUCAAUAGUGUCAUAGACCAUAUACGCCCAGGUCCCUGUCGCUUGGAUUGGGACAGCUUAAUGACUUCAAUGGACAUUUUGGAACACUUUGAAGAGAAUUGCUGUGUGAUGCGUUACACUACUGCUGGUCAGCUUUGGAAUAUAAUUUCCCCGAGAGAGUUUGUUGAUUUCUCCUACACUGUGGGCUAUGAAGAAGGGCUUUUGUCCUGUGGGCUAAGUGUUGACUGGAGUGAAAAGAGACCAGAAUUUAUUCGUGGAUAUAACCAUCCUUGUGGUUGGUUUUGUGUUCCACAUAAAGACAAUCCACACCAGAGUCUUUUGACAGGCUACAUUCAGACAGAUCUGCGCGGGAUGAUUCCUCAGUCUGCGGUAGAUACAGCCAUGGCCAGCACUCUAGUCAACUUCUACGGUGAUUUACAAAAAGCCCUACAAAAGGCAUAAUACAUUUAACUUGUAGUACGAUAGUCCCCCAAAUCAACUUUUUCUCUCAGCUGCAUGGGCUGUGAAAAUCAUCCUUUCCUCUCUUCUGUGUAGCCUAUAGAAAAAUUUGAGGUGAUUUGCUGGUUUAUUUUAUUCCUAAAGUAAAUAGUUAUCUAAGAGAGGGCAUUUCCAUUUUCUUAGACAGUGACUUCCACACUGUUUGGUACAGCAGUGUGUCUAAGCAUGGAGAGAAUGACAGACAUCCAUGAAGAUGUAGGUAUACUUCUUUGACCUGAACUCUUAAGAAACUGAAUACUGCCUCAGUAUGAAUAUUUUGGCUACUUGGAAAUUAGAGAAAGCACAAGCUUCAUGUUGUUAGUUAAAAUCACCUGUUUUAGAGUUUUAGGAACAUUUUCUAAGUUUUAACUAUUUUUGGAAGCUAAAUAUUAGUGCUUUACUUUUGGUAUGCUCUGUGAAUUCGCCAGUAUCUUGGACUAAAGAAAAAACUAUAUUUUAUAAAGGUGAACUUCAUUGUCAGGUGACUUGUACUACUUUAAGUAUUGAAAAAAUCAGAAAUAGAAAAAGAAUAGAUACAGUGGUAUAGAUACAAUUCAAAUACAAUUGUUUUGAUACCUAGAUAACAUUAUUUUGUGGAUAUCUUUAAAAAUGUAUUUGUAUCUUUCUGUGCAUUUCUUUUGGAAGGCCUAAAAAGCAUUUAUGCAUGGAUAAAACAGUACAAAGAACUGCCAAAUAUGUGCUGGGGACACCACAUUGAUUGGAUUGUGUGAACUGGUUGGUGGUACCUUAUAUUCACACAACAGCAAAUUGUCUAGAAAUCAAAUCCAGUGAGUGUCUUGUUCAUGUUUUAGUUUUGUUUUGUUUUUUUAAAAUAAGCCCUCAAGAAAUAGCUCUUAAUUCUUAGAAGUAUGUGAUAUUCUGUAGGAAAAUAAUCAGAUUUUCAGUCUUUCUCAUUUGAUCCAUGUUCACAUUUCAGUUUUAAAGUAUCACUCACCUCAUAAAGUAUUACUAAGUACAUCAUAAACAUUCACAGUUGUGACAUAACUUCAGUCUGGAACUUUAACAAAUACAUUCAUAGAUUUGUCCACAUGCCUGGAUGAGUCAUUUUAUAACAAGCAUGGACUAUAAUAGGUCCCUUAUUCUGUGGCUGCCUUAAAUGAACAUUCCUGAAUGAUUUUAACAUUCCAGAUGAUUCUUUGGCUUUUGAAUAACCACCUGGUUUACUUCUAAAAUGAGACCUUGAGGCAACUCAGUAUAUCCAUGCAAAUGUUUGUAUUUAUGUUUGUGUUCGGGCACAUGUCUUGAAAUCUUAUCUUCCUGUUCAAUGUGAGUUCUUUAUGUGGUACUUACUGUAUCCAUUGUUUUGUUUCUUCUUCUUCUUUUUUUUUUUUGAUUAAUUUUUGUAUACUCUAUAUUUUAUAUUCUAGUAUUCUGUCUAGGAUGGUGAAUGCCAGCAGAUGUCCAAUUAUAUGGUGCCCAGAUUGGGUGAGGGAUUUGCGAUAAGAUUGCCUGAGCUGGGUGCUCUUGUUGCCUGAGCUGGAUACCCCUAAAGCAAAUAAACUGUCCACUCAGUGACUCUAAUGUUCUCUUUGUCUUUUUCAACUUAUACCUCCAAUAUAAGGUAUAAGUUGAAAAAGUGGACUACAUAAUCCACUGCUGAAUUGGACCCACUGCACAUGAAAGGACCUUCACGGAAAAAUUUUUGUUGCAAUAUUGAGUCAUAUGAUAGAUUGAAAAAUAAUAUUUGAAUCACCUGAAAUUUAUAUGCAGCUUCUAGAUGGCACUUUAGAUCUGCUGGGCUCUAGUUGGCACUUUUUUUUUAAAAACAGCUUUAUUGAGGUAUAAUUUACACGCUGUACAACUUAACUGGCUGGAAGUAUACAAUCCAGUGACUUUUGAAUACAUUUAUAGUUGUGCGGUCAUCACCACAAUCCAGUUUUAGAACAUUUCUAUCAACCAAAAAGACCCCUUUUGCCUGUUGCAGACUCCUAUCUAACCAAAGUUUAGCACAGUUGCCAAUAUACAGAAGAUGAAAAAGAUCAGAGUAGGUUUUAUCUGGUUUUAUUUUUAUGCGUAGAGGCAUAGUUGAUUCUAAGCUCGGGCCUUUUGUGGUAGUAUAUUAAAUAUGUUAUCUCAAAUACUGUAAUUAUACAAAAAUUUAAUGAAUGGGUUGGGAUUAAUAUUAAACAUAUAAUUGAAUCUGCUAUUUCUGUAGCAGUGCUAUAGAAUAGAAAAAUAAUGUGAGCCAUAUACUAUGUAAUUUAAAAUUUUCUAGCAGUCACAUUAAAAAAGACAAAAUGAAACAGCUGGUGUUAAUUUUAAUAAUAUAAUUUAUUUAACUCAGUAGAUCCCAACUAUUACCAUUUCACCAUGUAAUCACUGUAAACACUCAUUAGGAUAGUUUACAUUCUUCUUCUGUACUAAUUCCUUGAAAUCUGGUGUGUAUUUUACUAAUUUGGAUUAGCCACAUUUUAAGUUUGCAUUAUCCACAUCAGGCCAGUGGCCUGCAUUAAAUAGCACAGAUCUGUAGUAUAUGUAUUAAUUUGUCUUUUUAUAGUAUGAAGUAAUGAGUUUCAUGGAAUUACUCUCUUAAAUACAAAAUGUUUUCUGGUCUCUGGAGCCUUCAGUGCUUGCUGAAUGGGGACUUCUGAACAUUAGAAAUAAAUUAGUUUGUAGUUAUUAAUAAAAUAAAAAUUAUAGCCAAAAAAACUUUUCCUUUAAAGAUGACCCCUUUCAGAGGGCAGUGAAUGAAACAAAAAAAUAUAAUCUGCCUUGUUAGGUGGUUGAUUAUUUUCUCUAGCUUACAGCUAGUUUGCAUCAGAAACCUAUUUAUGCAGGAAAUAUUAGCAUAGUACUGUUUUCAGUACAUGUUACCUAUUUUUUUAAGGACAUAGUUUCAUACAAAAAAUCGUUAAGUUAUCGUAAGUGAUACUUUUGCAUGAAGUUUUAGUUUGUAUUGAUAACCCUUGAUUAACCUUUGAAGUUUAAUGCAAUACUUAGCAAAAAUAAUUGUGGGAACUUAGUGUCUGCAGUGAUGUAUAAUAUGAACUGCUAGAGUGUCUUCAUUUUACUGUUCAUCGAGGUUGGAUGUAUUUGAAAUUGUAGAUUUCUACAUGUAAAAUUAUCUCCCAGUAAAAAUAAUUUUCUUUCUUUUUCUCUCUCCUCCUCCUUUCUUUACUAACUGAAAGGCAUAUUAUCAGCACUCAGGUUGAGUUAAAUUCACAUCUCAAACUAAAAAUUCUGCAGCUGAGGUUGCAUCUGGAGAAGAUAGGAAAACACUGCACAAUUUAAGCCCUUAAUUGUCUAUUGAGCUUUUGGGUAUGAGUAAUUUCCUUUGAUGUAGAUAGAGCUUUACCUAUUGACUCAAGAGCACACUGGCGCCCUUAGAAUCAGUGGUUAAAAUCCAGAUCCUUUUACUUACAUGGAUACUGCUGCUCUCUCCACCUUAUGGAUAAAUUUUGAAACCCAGAGAAGUUAGGGGACUUUACCAGGUUUCCAUCAGAAUGUGUGUCAGAUAAUCACUUGUCUGGUGUAUCUCCAUUGCCUUUCUUACUUAACAGCUUCUAGAAGGUGGGAUCUGAGCAUACAAGAAACAUAAGAAGUUGGAAUUUUAAUUUCUUCAUUAUUUUGUUGUUUCCAAAGAUUUUACAUGUAUAAAUAAAAGUUCAUCUCAUACAAUUCAAUAAAAGCUAUACUAUAUAUAGAUUUUAUUUUUUAAGUUUAUAAUUCUUUUAUGAGCCAAUAUGUAAAACUCGAACCUUUAAUAAACUAAAAGCAUGUUUUAAUAUAAAUAAACUGUGUAUUUUUAA